AUGCGCGGGUUCCGGGAUGCCCUAGGCUAUGGUGACUUGUUGGACUUAGGGUUUUCUGGCCCUCAAUCUACUUGGUGGAAUUCGGAGACGCAGCUUAGAUUGGACAGAGUAGUCUGCACGCCUUCUUGGUGUGACAUUUUCAGUGAUGCUCGUCUAAAGCAUUUACCACCAAGCGACUCGGACCAUGUUCCGAUUCUGUUACAAGCCAGUACAGCUCCUUUGCCAAAACAGCGACAUCACCGUCGCUUUAAGUUUGAGGCUUACUGGCUACAGCAUGGAGAGUGUGAUGGGGUGGUAAAAGAGGCUUGGUGCACUGACAUUGUUGGCUCAUCGAUGUUUCAAAUUACUAAGAAGCUCACACGAACACGUUUGGAGUUGGAUAAAUGGCAAAAACAGGCCUUCAAAGGAAGGCAGCAACAAAUGCUCGGGAUUAGAGCAAGACUCAAAGAGCUGCUUGAUGUACAGCUAUCUGAAGCGGUACAGUUGGAGAAAAAGCAGUUGUUCACACGGCUACAAACUCUCCUUGCCCAUGAAGAGAGUUUUUGGCAGCAGAGAUCUAAAGUGGCUUGGCUAAAAGAAGGGGACCGGAAUACCGGUUUUUUUCACCGGAAAACGGCCAACAGAAGAAGGAAGAAUACCAUCUGUGGUCUGUAUAAUGCAGACGGUGAGUGGUGUGAAGAUGACGAGGGGAUGGAGAAAGUGAUAACAGAUUACUUUGACUCUAUGUUUACUGCCUCGGAUAUAGAUGUGGAAGCUAUGGAGACAACUCUAAAUGCUAUUCAACCAUGUGUUACUCCAACAAUGAAUGAGCAAUUGUGUGCUCAAUACUCUUAUGAGGAAGUAAAAUCUGCUCUAUUCCAAAUGUAUCCUACCAAGUCUCCGGGUCCUGAUGGGAUGCCUCCUCUAUUUUUCCAGCACUAUUGGGAAACGAUUGGACUGGAAGUUACUGAAGCAGUUCAAAAUUUUGUGCAUUCAGGUCAGCUACUGAAGCAAAUUAAUUUUACUCAUAUAUGUCUCAUCCCCAAGGUGCCUCAUCCGGAAUAUGUGUCAGAAUUGAGGCCUAUUGCCUUAUGCAACGUUAUUUACAAGAUUUGUUCGAAAGUUAUUGCUAACAGAUUGAAGGUGAUUUUGCCAACUUUAAUUUCUCCUUUCCAAAGUGCCUUUGUACCGGGGCGAUUGAUCACAGAUAAUAUCCUUGUGGCUAAUGAAGUGGCCCAUUAUGUGCACAACAAGAGGGGAGGCAGUGAGGGUGUUAUGGCUUUGAAGCUCGAUCUUAGCAAGGCAUAUGAUCGAAUGGAAUGGCUUUUCCUUAGAAAGGUCAUGGAGAGAUUUGGAUUCACUUCCAGUUGGAUUGACAUGGUGAUGCAGUGUGUAUGCUCUGUGAGAUAUUCUUUUUUGGUGAGAGGUAAACCUCGGGGACUUCUUGUUCCUAGUAGAGGGUUGAGGCAGGGUGAUCCUUUAUCACCUUACUUAUUUUUGCUUGGGGCUGAAGGUUUUUCCGCUUUGCUUCAACAAAAACAGGAGCUCGGUUUUCUGCCUGGGAUUGAGGUAUGUGAUGGUGCUCCUGCUGUUAAUCAUUUACUUUUUGCGGAUGAUAGCAUGCUCUAUGCAAAUGCAUCCUUAGAUGAUUGUUAUCAAAUUCAAGAUGUCAUUGAGACUUAUGGCAGGGCUUCUGGUCAGCUGGUUAAUUUUGACAAGAGUUCGGUGGUUUUUAGUAAGAACGUUUCUGACUACAUGAAGGAAGAGAUAUCUAGCCUUCUGGGGGUUGAGGAGGUGGAGUCUCACGAGAAGUACUUGGGGCUGCCAACUUAUGUUGGGAGGAAGAAAACCUCUACUUUUCAAUAUAUUAAGGAUAACUUGGCAAAAAGACUAGCUAAUUGGCAAGGUAAAUUGUUGAGUGGAGCUAGAAAGGAUAUACUCAUCAAGGUUGUGGCUCAGGCGCUGCCUACUCAUGCGAUGAGUGUUUUUCAAUUAACCAAGAAUUUUUGUGAUGACUUAGAACAGAUGUGUGCUCGGUUUUGGUGGGGAAGCUCUCUUGAUAAGAGGAAGAUUCAUUGGAAAACUUGGAAGGCACUGUGUAAUCCUAAGGAGGAAGGAGGGUUAGGCUUCCGAAGUUUGUCCAAUUUUAAUUCUGCAAUGCUGGCCAAACAGGCUUGGCGGGUGGUGAACAAUCCUAAUUGUUUGGUUGCUCGAAUUUUCAAGGCCAAAUAUUUUCCGGAUACUUCUUUUUGGUUAGCUACUCCUCAUGCGACCCCUUCCUUUUCAUGGAGAAGCUUAUUUUCCACAAGAGAACUGUUACGGCAAGGUUCUUAUUGGCAGAUUGGUGAUGGAAAUACCACUAAUAUAUGGGCUGACUGUUGGCUGCCAGGGGUGCCAGAGUUUAAACCUUUGGGGAACAAUGGUGCAAUUGAAGAGGUUGGACAGGUCCGAGAUCUCAUUACUAAUACAAGGCUAUGGAAUGUUCCCUUGAUUAGACGUCUAUUUCCUUUAGCUGAGGCAGAAGCUAUUUUGCGUCUCCCUUUUCGCAGAAGGGUUGUUCCAGAUAGAGUUGUGUGGCGGUUGGAGAAAGAUGGCAAGUUUACUGUGAAAACAGCUUACAGGUUUGAUUUCUCGUCUUCUAAUUCUAGAAGCCCAUUCCAAUUGUCUGUUGGUGUGAAUUUUUGGAAAAAGUUAUGGAAAAUUACUAUACCUAACUCUGCCAAGGUGCAUAUCUGGAGAGUUUGUCAUAAUAUACUACCCUCAAUGGAGAGGCUAGCAUCGAAAAGGGUAGAACUGGACUCCCAAGUUUGUGUACUGUGCUCUUCUGCUUUGGAGACAACAUUGCAUAUCUGUAGAGAUUGCCCUUACACUAAGCAACUGGUGCAAUCUAAUGGAGUUUUGACUCAGGUGUGUUUUAGUCCUCGUAUUGCCAAUUCCACAUUAUUAGAUUGGUUCAGUUAUUGCGUUUUUGAGCUAGCUUUGAAGGACUUGGGCGACUUGGUCUAUCUGCUUUGGGGAGUAUGGAAGGAACGAAAUUGUAGAGUUUGGGAAAAUAACAGUCUGCCUGCUAGUGAUGUGCUAAUCAAGUGCUUGACUAGGUUGAGUGCCUUCAGAUUUUACAACAUGAAGGUGGGGGUUGUACGUACAGUAAGGGUCGAGCGUUGGUCUGCUCCACCUGAGGGAUGGUGUAAGAUCAAUAUCGACGGGUCUUUUAAUCACAUAACAAAGAAUGGAGGCAUUGGUUUUGUUAUUAGGGAUCAUCAGGGUUUGAUGCUUGCUGGGGGAGGUCGACCGCUGUUUGGCCUUUUGUCUCCUGAACAUGCAGAAGUGUUAGCUUGUUCUAUGGCAGUCCAAUUUGCAGUUGAUAAUAAUUUCGUUCCAGCUUUCUUGGAAACAGAUUGUCAAAUCAUGCAGAGGCAAUUGUCUAUGAGGGUUGGAAUUAAUACCUCUGUCUUGGGUAGGCUAUAUGAGGAUCUUGGACUGGUGUUGGAAAGUCAAUCCAAUAUGCAGUUGAUUCAUAUUAACAGAAGUGCAAAUAAGGUUGCACACCUUAUGGCAACAAGAGCUUGCACUGAGUUGCACGAGUUCUUUUAUUUUUCUUCUCCUUCUUUUUUACUAGCUGCAUUAGCAGCUGAAGCUAUUUCCAUGUAA